CAUAAAUGGAGUAUUUAACUUCCUUGUGUCGUGACAUUUGAAGUUUCUAUUUUCAAAAUCUCUAAGAAACUUCCAACUCUGUCGUGCAAAGACAUUUAAACUUUUUUUUCUUUCCCAGCUCUGAUUUCUAAUUCGUCUAUUGAUAACCGAAGCUAUAGAUUCGGGUUUCAGCUUCGUAUUCCUAUUGUAAAGCACAUGAAUUGACUGAAAUCGAGUAGGAAAAAUGGCGAAGCGUGGAUAUAAGCUGCAGGAGUUUUUGGCACAUUCCGCAAAUGUGAAUUGUCUAAGUAUCGGAAAGAGGACAUCACGGCUCCUUAUAACCGGCGGAGAUGAUUAUAAGGUCAACCUUUGGUCGAUCGGCAAACCCACUUCGCUAAUGAGUCUUUGUGGGCAUACAAGCCCGGUUGACUCAGUAGCCUUUAACUCGGAAGAAGUUUUGGUGCUUGCUGGAGCUUCUUCCGGUGUGAUUAAGCUGUGGAAUCUAGAAGAAGCAAAGAUGGUUCGAGCUUUUAUUGGACACAAAUCCAAUUGUUCUGCUGUUGACUUUCAUCCAUUUGGUCAAUAUCUCGCGUCCGGAUCCAGUGACACAAACCUAAAGAUUUGGGAUAUCAGAAAGAAGGGAUGCAUCCAAACAUACAAAGGUCAUACUCGUGGCAUUGGCACUAUCAAAUUUAGUCCUGAUGGUCGUUGGGUAGUGUCUGGAGGACUUGACAACGUUGUAAAGAUCUGGGAUUUAACUGCUGGAAAGCUCUUGCAUGAGUUUAAGUUUCAUGAAGGACCUAUCCGUUCCCUAGACUUCCACCCGCUUGAGUUUCUCCUAGCCACAGGUUCUGCUGACAAGACUGUGAAAUUCUGGGAUUUGGAAACGUUUGAGCUGAUUGGAUCUACUAGACCAGAGGCUACUGGAGUUCGUGCAGUCACUUUUCAUCCGGAUGGACGAACCCUUUUCUGUGGAUUGGAUGAUGGCUUGAAGGUUUAUUCAUGGGAACCAGUGAUCUGCCGGGAUAGUGUUGAUAUGGGAUGGUCCACACUUGGUGACUUGUGCAUCAACGAAGGAAAGUUCAUUGGUUGUUCCUAUUACCGAAAUUCUGUCGGAAUUUGGGUCUCAGAUAUAUCGAAACUUGAGCCAUAUGGAACUGGAUCUGAGGAUAAGAAUGAAUGCAUGGUGAAAAAGUUCAGCGUCUUGAAUAAUCAGUCGUCUGAGAGAAUGGGGAGUUUCCCAAGGGGCAGUUCAUCGCCAGAUUAUGAGACAAAAGAGAUAAAGAACAUAUACGUUGACUCCAUAGGUGGACAUCUGACUGUAACGCAAAAUCCAGGAUCUCUGAAAGUGACAUUUCCUUUGGAAUCAGGAAAAGUCGCUAAUACGACGAGCGAGAAGCAGAAUGCAACAUGUUUUGGACAAGCAGAGGAUAAGUCUUCCAGGAGGCAUUGUGUUGUAUCACGGGAUAGUGAUAGUGGGGAAGAGUCUUCUCAUUCAGGAAGGGAAUCUAUCACUUUCUCAAAAACCAAACCGGGUAUGUUGCUUAGACCAGCUCAUGUAAGAAAGACGCUAGCAAAGUUUGAGGAACCAAAUCAGUCAGUUGCUGUUCAAUCUGAAACUGGGAAGAAAAGCGGAUUGGAUAUUGAAGAAGAGCCACACACUCAAAAUGUGUUCCUUUCAGAACAGAGCGGUAGUAAACCAUUUGGUGCUGAGGAUUCUACCAUCAAGGGAAUUACGUACAAGUUUAAAAAAGCUUUAUCAUCGGAACCACCAACUGAUGAAACGAAUCGUAUGUUGCAUAAACCACCUCGAGUACAUAGGUCAUCAUAUAACAGUUACUAUGAGUCAAGACGAGCAAUGUCUGUUGAUUCUGGGACUUUUGACGACAACAAAGAGGAUAUCAAUAACCAGCCAAUUUCCUCCAAAAAUGAAAGACUUCUUUCACCAGAAAAACCUGGUGAUGAACAGAAAAUAAAAGUUGUCUCGGGGAGGACACGCUCAUUGGUUGAAAGGUUUGAGAGAGGAGAACAAAUUACUCAUAUCGAAGCAGCCAGUACAACAAUAACUCAGAAUACUAAAGCGGUGCAGGAAGAUCCGCAUAAGACAUCAAGACAGACAGUUGAAACUCCAGUUAUAUCAACACGACGAGCUAGGAGUACUCCAGCGCGAGUGAUUCCUAUCGUACUCAAUCGGGAUAGUAACAUGAAAUAUGAUGAGCCUCCUUUAACACAACCAGCUUGGAAUUCUCCAGUUCCAGUGAUGCCUAUGAUACUCAAGCAGGCUACUAAUGUCACACAUGAAGAGCCUUCUAUAACACUAACACAACAAUCUAGAACUUCUUCAGCUCGGAUAUUGCCUGUGACACUUAACCAGACAACAGAUAUUGCAUAUGAUGAGGCUUCUGUUACGUCAAGAAGACCACACAGAACUUCCACAGCUCGAGUAAGGCCUAUGUCACUCAGUCAGCCAAUGGACAUGACAUCUCAUGAGUGUCCUGUAACAUCAACACGUCCAGAUAGGACUUCUCCAGCUCGUGUAAUGGCCACGAAACGCAAUCAAUCUGAUGACAGGACAUAUGAUACAUCUCAUAUCGCAUCCAGACACCGAGUUAGUCCAAUUCAAAUGCUGGCUACGCCCACUGUGAUUGAUCAGGUGGUUGAUAUGAAAUUGGAUGAGACGCAUGUAUCACUAACUCAAACAUCUUGCGAUAUCUUAACUCAGAAGGAAGAGCCUCGGAUAUCUGGGAGAGAGAAUGAUUGUGACAUAACUGAAAAUCUAAUGCAAACUCAUAAUGAGUUCUUAAGCACUCUUCAAUCGAGGUUGACAAAAUUACAAAUUGUUAGACAUUUUUGGGAGCGUAGCGAUGUCAAAGGCGCGAUCGGAGCCUUGAGAAAGCUGACAGAUCAGUCUGUUCAAGCAGAUGUGAUAAGUAUCCUAACCGACAAGAUAGAGGUUCUCACAUUAGAUAUGUUUUCUCAAUUGGUCCCCGUCCUCACAAGCUUAUUGGGUAGCAGGACAGAGAGGCCGGUACAUGUCUCCCUGGAAAUGCUCUUGAAGCUUGUAGCAGUGUUCGGUACAAUUAUACGCUCAACUGUCUCAGCUCCACGGAUUGUCGGUGUUGAUCUUCAUGCCGAUGAAAGGAUACAGAUCUGCCAAAUUUGUUCUGCGGGACUGCACAAGAUUCAAAGGAUUCUUCCAAUUCUCGCAAGAAGAGGCGGUCUGAUAGCAAGAAAGGCUCAAGAACUAAAUCUAACACUUCAAGAACCAUAGCCACACAUGCAAAACCAACAAUGAUCGUAUAACAGCUCCGCAAGCUCUUGUAACUGUACAUUACAAACUCAUAGUUAUAAUUUAUCAUAUAUAUAUUCUACAACAUAUACACUUCUACACUUUUUCUCUUUCCUCUCUCACUUCUCUCUGUCGUUUCUUCUUCUUUUUUCUCUCCCUCA